AUUCACCCUAACAUCUCCAUCUCCUCAGUACAAUACAAUUUUCAACUACAUCUCUCCAACACCCUCCCAUGGCUGCCCCAAACCAAGUCCAAAUCCCCAUCCCCACGGAUCAAAGCCCACCCAACAUCAUCAAUCACCUUCAUGAAGAGGAAUUCGACUACUCACAAAGGUCACAGUGGCUCCGAGCUGCUGUGCUCGGGGCCAACGACGGCUUAGUAUCCGUCGCAUCAUUAAUGAUGGGAGUUGGAGCCUUUAAAGGCGACGCCACCGCCAUGAUUCUCACCGGCUUUGCGGGACUCUUCGCCGGCGCAUGUAGCAUGGCGAUAGGCGAAUUUGUUUCAGUGUAUUCUCAGCUGGACAUUGAGGUUGAGCAGAUGAAGAGAGAGAAGAGGUCUACGGCUGUGACUCAUAUUGGAGUGGUUGAUUAUGAACAGAAUGUUGAAGAGAAUGAGAAGCUACCUAACCCUUUGCAGGCUGCGCUGGCUUCGGCGCUCGCGUUUUCGUCGGGAGCCAUCGUGCCGUUGCUUGCGGCUGGGUUUAUAAGUGAGUACAAGGUGAGGGUAGGGGUGGUGGUGGCGGCGACCACGUUGGCGCUGGCGGCGUUUGGUGGCAUCGGGGCGGUGUUGGGAAGGAGUGGGGUGGUGAGGUCUUGCGGUAGGGUGGUGGUGGGAGGGUGGAUGGCCAUGGCUAUCACAUUUGGUCUCACUAAGUUGCUGGGCUCUAGUGGUUUGGAGAUGUGAUUGCAGGCUGCUUGCUUUAUAUAUUAAAUACGUGCUUUAUGUUGUUGUGUGUAUCGUAUGUGUCUGUGUGUGUGUGUUUUGGUUUGUAAACACUUUGAAUUUGUUGCUCAAUAAAUUCAACAAUGUUUAUUGCAUGCAU